AUGAAAUUUAAUUUCGAUUCAAAAACUCUUUUACAUCAAAUUCCAAGUGGUAUUAUUUUGGGUUUAUUAUCAGUACUGAUAUCACGAUACAUACAUAUUCCACUUAUUCCAACUAAAAUUCAAUUUCUUGUUUGUUUAAUUAUUUUACUUGAUAUACUUCAUUUACUUGGAAAAUUUGAUAUUGAUAUAUCUAAUUUAUGUAAACGGCAAAAAUUUCCUCGAAAAAUAAACAAUACAAAUAUUCAAAACAUUCUUCAAAUUUAUCUUGAAGAACAUUUAGUAUUUCUUAUUUGUCUUUUUAUUUCAUUAUUCAUUAGUCGAUUCAUACUUAAUUUAGUACAUAAAUAA